GUCCUGACGUAGAUGCGCGCUGUGGCAACCAGAGGAGGGAUCAGGGAGCUGUGCAUGUAAUUUAGAGUGAGACACAAGACCGUUGCAGUUUUAAGCGCUCAAGGGUGCGUUUAUUCACAAAAAAAUAAAUCAGAAGUAUUAGGCGAUAUGUCUAUGCGAUUACUUCUAGGCUAGUAGCUAGCUGAACUUUCCCACGCUGGGGUCGUUGAAGUGAAUGCACGCGCCAGACUGACAGCCUGCGCAGCAGUUGCUAGGAAAUCUCACGCAUUUCUGAGACAGCUAGACCUACAACUGUACAUGAGCAGCAACAUGGAAACAGGGGAGGGGCAAACAGAAAUGGAAGAUUACACUGAAUAUUACAAUCUAGAUGAUAAUGACAGUCAACCGUGUAACAAUGGCAAUGUUCGGGAGUUUGGUCGCAUCUUCCUCCCCACCCUCUACAGUCUGGUCUUCAUCGUGGGCCUCAUGGGAAAUGGACUGGUGGCUUAUGUGCUGGCGGCGUACCACAGGAGGGCCAUGACUAUGACCGACUUCUGUCUCCUCCACUUGGCCGUGUCCGACCUGCUCUUCAUUAUUUCUCUGCCCUUCUGGUCCUACUAUGCAGCAACACAAGACUGGCCCUUUGGGGACUUCCUGUGCAAAACUGUGACUGGUCUGUACCAGCUGGGCUUUUAUGCCAGCACCUUUUUUAUGGUGCUGUUGAGUGUGGAUCGCUAUGUAGUCAUCGUCCACGCUGUCACCAUUGCCCGACACAGAUCCAUGCAUGUGGGCAUGGCCCUGUGUGGAGUGAUCUGGGUCAUCAGUCUCUGUGCCUCUCUCCCAACCAUCAUCUUCACACAAGCGGUGAACGAGUCUGCUUCUUUCACCUGUAAGGAGGAGUUUCCUCAGGACAGCAAAUGGAAGCAGGUCACAUAUUUUAAAAUUAACCUGUUAGGGUUAUUGCUUCCUCUCUGUAUUAUGGUGUUCUGUUACUCCAGAAUAAUCCCCACUUUAGUCACACUGAAAUCUGUCCAAAAGCACAAAGCCAUCAGAUUAAUUGUCAUUAUUGUGAUUUUGUUCUUCCUUUUCUGGGCUCCAUACAAUAUCUCCAUAUUCCUGCUUGCUCUGCAAACUUUAGGCUACUUCAGUGACUGUGAUAUCAGCCAGAAUCUAAGUCUUUCUCUGCAUUGGACUGAGACCAUUGCGUUCACUCACUGCUGUUUGAAUCCAAUCAUCUAUGCUUUGGUGGGACAGAAGUUUCAGAGAAGGGUACUCAAGUUGCUUAGAAAAUGGCUGUCAAUUUUUUCAUGUUAUGUCUCCAAUUCUUCCACUGCAGAGCUGUCUCAGAGAAGGAGUUCAACCUUUUCUAGAUCUUCUGAGAUUACCUCUGCUCGGUUUAUGUAGGUGAAUUAAGUAGAAUGUGCCAAUAUGGUCUUAUUAGGUCUUAUAUUAAACACACUUAUUAGUAGCAUUAAGAAUAACAUCUUAGAUCUUACACACACACACACACACACACACACACAUACACAUUUGACUAUUUCCAAGUUGCCUGAGGAGGAAGAGUUUUUAAUGCAAACAUAACUUUAAACGCAUUCAAAUAAGUUCAAUGAUUUACUAAAUUAGUUAUUUUUUUAUGAUUUAUGUUCACAUUUUCUGAUUGAAUUGCCUAAUUUCCUCAUUGUUAGAUUAGUAGAUUUCAUGCUGUAUUUGUCUUCUGUGGACUUGAAAUCAACAUAUUUCCUGUAAAUUGUUGAAUAUGUAUGCAUUUUAUUUGGACAUUAAAGAUUGUAUCAAUAAUAUGAAAUGUAUGUAAUA